AUGCUACACGACCGUGUGGUGGUCCCUGACCAAUUCCGGAAGAAAAUCCUGAAGCAGUUCCAUCGAGGCCACCCAGGAGUGGUUCGCAUGAAGGCAAUCGCUCGCAGUUUCGUGUACUGGCCCGGCAUCGACGACGAAAUCGAGGAGUUCGUCCGCAACUGCAAUCCCUGCUGCGUAGCUGGCAAAGCGCCGGUCAAAACAACCCUCGAAUCCUGGCCUACACCGUCGAAACCAUGGUCCAGAAUACACAUCAACUACGCCGGACCUGCCGAUGGCGUGUAUUUCCUGGUCGUGGUGGAUUCGUUUUCCAAGUGGCCGGAGGUUUUCGCUACCAGGACAACAACAGCGAAUACCACUAUGCGUUUGCUCUCCGAAUCCUUCGCUACCUUUGGCAUACCGGAAGCCAUCGUUUCGGACAACGGUCCUCAGUUCGCCGGACACGAAUUCCGGACAUUCUGCCAAAGCCUUGGAAUACAGCACCUUUGGACAGCACCGUACCAUCCGCAAUCCAACGGGUUGGCGAAACGAUUCGCCGACACGGUCAAAUGGAGCCUUCGCAAAAUCCGUUCGGGGGGAGAAUCACUGGACAGCGCACUGCAAACGUUUCUGCAAGUGUACCGCACCACUCCGACUAGCGACCUCGGCGGAAAAUCCCCGGCAGAAAUCAUGUUCGGUCGGCCAAUCCGGACAAUUUUGUCACUUCUACUUCCGCAGACCGAAUGCUGCAGUCCAUCAUCGAGCAAGUCUGAAAACAAAAUGAAGCGUUUAAUAUGA